AUGUUACACUCAGAUUAUACAAAUCCAAUUGAUGCUUAUGGUUUAGAUCUUAGAGGAUCAUUUGUUGGUGUGGUAAGAGAAACUUUUGAAGAAAUUUUGGAAUUGUAUGAAAAACAUGCUGCUAUACUAGGGUUUUCAAUAAGAAAACAUACAACUAGAUUCAAACAACACACAAAAAUAGUAACUGAGAAAAACUAUGUGUGUUCUGCUGAGGGAAAGAGACAUUCAGGUCAGAAGAAAACAAAGUUAGUUGAAAUGGUUAAUGAAGAGGAUGUAAAUGUAAAAACAAGAAAGCCAAGACAAGUAUCCAUUACAAGAUCAAAUUGCAAGGCAUGCAUAAGAGCAAAAGUGAAUAAAGAAGGACAGUUUGAGGUGGUGGCUCAUGUUAUUCAGCAUAACCACGAGCUAACAAAGCCACAGUGGCAUUAUUUGCAUCGUUCUGAAAGAAAAAUGACAGAGGAAAAAGUUGUAACAAUCAAAACAAUGAAAUCUUCGGGUCUAACUACAAUGGACACUUACAAUUACAUGUCUACAGAGGCUGGAGGAGAACAGAAUAUAGGCCAUAGUGUUGUAGAUCACCUGAAUUUCUGCUCAAGGUUAAGAAUGGAACAAAUUGAGGCUGGAGAUGCUCAAACUUUAGUGAACAUUUUAAGUCAGGAACAAUCAGAGGAUCCAAACUUCUUUUUUAGAGUGAAGUUUGACAAAGAAGGAAGAAUUUGCAAUAUCUUUUGGGGAGAUUCAAUGAUGCUAGAAGACUAUAGGAUAUAUGGAGAUGUUCUUGUCUUUGAUACAACAUACAGAACCAACUGA